AGUUGUCUCGAACACCAACAGGUGUUAAAAACGUGUCUGAAAACGUAGAGCGGUUAGCGAAAUACAAAUCAAUCGGUAAAUACUAUUCCAAAGCAAAUAGAGGUGAUAUAUAUGUACAUACAUACGUACAAAUAUACACACUACCCAUACGGACUAAGCACAGACAAACAGUGAAGAUUUUGUUUUUUAGCAACGAAUUCAACUGAUUUGAGUUUUGUGAAUUUUUAGUAAUUUGUUUAGAAAAAAAACAAAAAUAUAUUGUAUAUAAAAAUUAUUUAAAGACCAGCUUUUACCGAAAAGAGAAAACAUUUUUUCAGCUUUCCUAAAAAAUUUACGUCGUUUGAAAACGCAAAUACUCAAAAGAGGAUAUAAUACAUAAAUACAUCGCAGCAGCAGCUCGAAAAAACAUUAUAAUUUCAAGCCUGCCUUUGCCAAACGGCCUAUAGAUAAAAAAUAAUCGAGCGAGCAUACUUUGCAAUCUCUCUCACCAUGGGUAACCAGCAGGCACUGGUGUUCCUAGUGCUCAUCGCACUGAGUGCAUUUCAGUUGACACUCACCAGCACAUUGCAUUCGGCCGAAGAAUCGUUGUAUGAGGAGAAUAACAUCUUGAAUGAUGUAGCCAAGGAGGAUACGCUAGACUGGGAGCAUUCGAUAGAGCAUGGCAUCCGCAUUUCCACACCCAAAGUGAAGGAGAUACCGAUCAGCUCGACAACGGCCACUGAAACGGCGCGCACAACAGGCGGCGUAGCGACGGCGGCAAAGCAUGCCAAAAAAUCGGCCACAAAAACAAUGUCUACGGCUGCGACACAUCCACAGUUGAGCGAUGAUGCGAUCAACACACUGAUCGAAGAAACUGAACAUGCCGAACAUCGGCAGCUGAACGAUGAGACGCUCAACGAUCUGAUUGAAGCAUCCAAACAUAGCGCCGCACUUGCCGAUGAUCCAAGAUUCAAUAAAUUGUUGCCCAAUAAAUUCAAGUCGGAGAACUCCACCGCCACGACUAACAAAAGUGAGGAGAAUUACUAUGAUUAUGACUCCGAUGAUUACGACGAUGAGUACAGCUAUGACGAUGAGCUGGUUAAUACAGAGUCUGCGCAGAAGGUGAAAACCAGCACAACCGCCAAGCCAAGGGGCGAAAUGAAUGCAGCAGCGAAGAAUAGCAAGAAGGUGGAAAUGAAACCGAUCAAGGAAGAAAAACUGUCAUCUUCCAAGUCAAAGGAUACCCAAACGGCUGAUAGCAAUAAGGAGCAGAGUGUGAAGAAAAUCGAAGACUUGGACGAAGAUGACUAUGAUGAUGAUGACGACGACGACGAAGAUGGUAACGAAGACGACGAUAUUACCGAUGAUGAAGAGAUUGUGUUCAAUCAGAAUGUGCCUUGCCCAAGGUACUGUGUCUGCGCACGCAAUGUUAACAGUUAUUUGGUAGCGACUUGCAGCAGAUUUGAUCCUGAAACACAGAAAUUCGGUUCGGAUAUUACCGAUCUGAUCGUGACCGAUGUCGGACCGAAAUAUCCCAUAUUAUUGGGCCCAGAAUUCUUCCUGCAAAUGGGUUUGAAAUAUGUGUCUUCGAUUAAAAUUUCGAAUUGCACCAUUGAAUUCCUGCAUCCGGAUGCUUUCCAUGGCUUGGACGAACUGUACUCGGUGAAUUUGACAAAUGUUGGUUUGGCUGUCAUUAAUCCCAACACUUUCUCCAAGAAUAAGAAAUUGCGACUGCUGACCAUAUCAGGCAACGAUUUGAGUGUAAUGUCCAAUGUGCACUUCCUUUUAAAUUCCUCGAGCAUUGAGGAGCUGGAUCUGUCACGUAACAAUUUAAUGGAGCUGCACCCACAAGCAUUCUCUCAACUCUCCAAUGUUGUGUACAUCAAUCUAUCGCAGAAUAACUUGCAGAAGAUUCCCGAACAUGUCUUCGAUUCCGUAGAGACCAUCGAGGAAUUGGAUCUGUCGUACAACGCCUUAAAAUCUCUACCAUCCACUGCCUUCAAUCGCACUGCACUUGCCAUUUUGCAUCUAAAAUACAACUCCAUUACCGGCGACUUGCACUUUGGCACUGGCGAUCUGCAACAACUUGACUUGAGCUUCAAUAAUAUGAAACACAUCCAUCAUGGCAUGUUCGAUAGAAUGACUGGCCUCACUAACCUCAACCUCAAGGGUAAUGGUAUUUCAUCGAUCCAGCCGGAUUCCUUUUUGGCGCUCAAGAGUCUGCGUCACAUUGAUUUGUCCAUCAAUGACUUGGAUCAGAUCAAUAGCAUGGUCUUCUUUAAGAAUUCCGAAUUGGAUGUCAUACGCCUGAACGACAAUCCACGUCUGAGUCAGCUGCCUACUGAUGGUUUCCACAGCCAUAGUGGCUUCUUUACCGUUUACUUUUUGGACAUAUCGAAUUGCGCUAUUGGCGCACUUGGCCACAAAACUUUCUCGACAUUACCACAUUUGGCGACAUUGAAGCUCGCCUGGAACAACAUUAACAACUUGGAACGCGACACUUUUGCCAGCCUCACCAAGUUGACCGAACUGGAUUUGAGCAACAAUCUGAUCGCCCGUUUGGAUGAGCUACUCUUCAUGAACAACAACGAAUUGACAAAAUUGAAUUUAGCCGGCAACCCAAUACGCAAACUCUCAGUGCGUCUAUUCAUGCCGCUGGGAAAACUGCGCGAAUUAGACGUUAGUGACUGUGAACUGGCUUCGCUACUCUCCGAAAACCAAUAUGGCAUGGGUCGUAAAUACAAAUUCUAUGACACUCUGCGAAGCUUCAAUGCCUCCUCCAAUCAAAUCAAACGCGUAUCUUCCGGUGAUGUGCGCAGCUUCAAGAACCUACGCACCUUAGACAUCUCACACAAUCCACUCAAGUGCAACGAAGACUUCCAAGACUUCAUCAGCUACGUUUCGCUCACGCCCAACUUGGGCACCAACAAGCUGCCAACACUUGCCAACCUUGACGGGGACACCAGUUUCGUUGAUUACCAACCACAGGCCGACUGGGCAGCGCUAGCGCAUGAAGUGUGCCGCCACCAAGAAGGCACAACAAUCAAGACCAAGCAAAAGAGUUUGGAAAAACGCAUCGAACAGGUGGAUAAGGUAUUGGACAACGAUGCGAAGAGCUUGUGGAAGAUCGUGGAGAACACCAAGAGCUACAAACACAAGAUACUAAAGGACACAGAUAAGAGCGAGGUGGUAAUUGCGGGCGGUUUGGAUGAAGCGAGUGCGGAAGAGGAAGAGAACAACGCUGAAGAGGAUAAGGACGAUGAAGAGGAUGAGAAUGAUAGCGAGUACGAUGAUGAUGAUGAAGACGAUGAGGAUGACGAGGAUGACGAUGAAGACGACAAUAACAAGAAGAACAACAACAAUAACGAGGAAGCGGAAGCGGAAAAGAAGAUUGACAUCACCAAGCUGCACGACUUUGGCAUGCAUGUGGAAGAAGUGGAUCUGCACAAAGAAACCAAAGACCAAUUCUUGUUGAACAAAUUCCUGCUUAAUGGCGAUGAAUCGAAUGAAAGCAACGCCGAUGAGGAAAUCAUCAUUGAACGUGGCCACGUCUACUAUGUAGGCUACAAAUUCCUGCUACCCGUUAUAGUGAUCGUUACGUGCCUGUUAAUGCUGUUGAUUGUCAUAGCCAAGAUUGUAACGGUUGUGGUGCGCAAACGGGGCGAGCGUUAUCGCAUGGCGCUAUUGGCUUCCUCCAACAACUCGAUCGUCUAUCAGAAACUCACCGAAGACAUCAAGCCGAAGGUGAAGGAACCGAAGGUGCCCAAAGUGCAUCGCUAUGCGCCAAUCAAUCAGGUCUAAAGUAGAAUUGCCACAGGCGCUAAAGGCAAAUGUGAGGGGGGGAAUAAAGUUCACACCCACAACAGCUGUUGGAAAUGGAUGCAUGAAAGUGAAAACGGGAAUGCGAGGUUGAAAGAAGAAAGAAGAAAAAAAAACAAAAACAAAAAACUCAAACACAACCAAUUGUUAUUAAAAUGUUUUAAUUUUAAGCAAAACUAAAUAUAUACAUAAAAAAUAUGAAAAAUAGUAAAAUGCAAAACACAAACAACACUAAAAAACAAAGAGACACACACACACACAAUAAACGAAAAAUGUGAAAUUUGUAAUUUUUGUAAUUUAAGGUGGGAACAAAGUAUUAAUACCGAAUUAAACUUUAAAUACAACAAAAACAUAUUUUACUUUAUUUAAACCGAUGCAGAAGCGUACUUAACUAAGCCUAACCACGCGAAAUAAGAAAAUAAAAAAUAAUAAAAAUAAUUAAGAACUACUUUUUUGCGGUUCCCAAGCACGAUUUGCAAGCAAAACACACGCCGACCGACCUACCUACCAACUAACCAACUAAGUAAAAAGCGCAAAGAAGUGAUCAAAAAAGGUGUAUGUAAUAAUAAUUGACUAGAAGAGCGCAAAACAAAAAGCCUUAUAAAAGCGUGUAAUCAACUAAUUUACAAUUAAUUUAAUUUAAAAAGAAAAACUAAUAAUAAAUUCAUAAGAGAAAGAAAGAACGCCAAACCGAUAGCCAACCCAACAACCAGCCACAAUUGCCUUGGCGUAACUCAUUUGAAAACCCAAUACUUAGUGCCAUCGUUGGAGAAUUUUUGGACACCAUUUUUUUUUCAAAAUUUAUGCUAUGCGUACAUAAAUACACAAAAAGAAAUAAUAAUAAUUACCAUCCAAGAACUGGCGUUUUUUUCUUUUUUUUUUUUGCUGUAUAGAAACAAAAAAGACAAGACACGAGCGGUAAUCCACAUUUUGGUGAAUGAGUAAAAAAUGAAGUAAAUUUUACUGUACACAAUUUAUAAAUAAAUAAUAAACAAUAAAUAAUAAAUAAUACAUAUUUACAUAUUAACUAUAAAUAUAAUGAUGAAUGUUUUCUGUAAUAUAUGUUUAAGUGAAAUCUUAUAUGAAUACCUUCGCAGCUUUUUGCUACCUUAAAAACAUUUAUACUACAAAUUCUUCCCAAACUUUUUUUUAUAUAUUAGUUCAUACAAUACAUACAUGCACACAUUCUACACACACAUGCAUACAUUCAAGUUUUCUUGCUAUGUAUUUGACUUCAAUUGCGAAAACAAUUAUUAUCUAUUCUAUUCAAGCGGAGCGCGCGCAAAGAGGAAAUUUAAAUUAUUUUUUUAACAAAAAAAAACUUUUUUGUUCUUAACGUAAUUUCGGCGUAAAUUUAAUUGGAUAAUUUUAUAAUUACAUAUAAUUUACACAGAUACAAAAACCAACAACAAAAAACAAAAUCAAUAUAUAUGUAUAACUAUUUACAAAACUUUUCUCGAAGUUAAUGUUUGUACUAUGCAGUUUGAUAGCUUCCUAAUCGAACGCAAAUUUUAUGUAUGCAAUGAGUGAAAAAUUUAAUAAAAGCUUGAUUUUCGAGAAAAGGAAAAAACAAUA